AUGUCGCGUCGAGGUGUUGAUGACAUCACGCGGAUUAGUUUAGUCAUACGUUCAGCCACCCUCCCGUCUAUAUCGGGCAAUGUCAUUCAAGCACUGUUCCUUCACCUACCAGACUCUUAUUUGUACCCUAUUCUUUCAUCGCUUCCUCCACCCGAUGCUACAAACCCCACCUCGGCCACAAUUUUUCCUACUCAAUCGGCAAUCUACAACUCACUCACUGUCUAUGAGGAGCUUAUAUCGCUGACAGAAAGAGAAGAAGAGAUGUUCAUCAAGUCUGAGUUUGACAAGCAACGCACCCACCUUGGAGGUCCUAAGCCUGAGCAACUCAGGAAAGAUAUUGGCAUCGAGGUUUGGCACUCAUCAAAGAAACAUCAACUUGGCCUGCAGCUGGAUGAGAUGGUUCACGGUAUUGUGACGAUUGGCAUUCCGGAUGAGUUUGCUUGGUGCAUGUGGUUUGAAGGAAGAGAUUCUGAUACAGUUGGUACUGGGUAUGCCAUAAAUUUGACUAUGAUUACUGAAUUGGGCACUCUAGAGGGUCUUAGUCUUGCGUAUCUCAAGCAGUUCAUAGAACUCUUCCCAACAAGUACAUUAGCGCGGAUGUUGACAGGAUACUUUGCAUACAGCAAGGUUGCCCAUGGUCACGAAGGAUUAACAGAAGAACUGACCUUUGCGUUCACGAAUCACGCCUCAGAAGAUAUCUUUGACAUCUCUCUUCAGGAUGCCUUUUCAGUACUCCUGGACUCGUUGCUAGCGAACAUAAUCACAGCUCGAGUCCAUUCACAGGAACUCGAAUACACAGAUGCCAUCAAAGUUGCUGAAAGCGGACUGGAAUUGAUACGCAGGUAUGAGUCAAACACAGCCCGUGAACUCCGAGAAGUGCGCAAGGCCUUUCACAUUAUUCUGGCCAUAUCCUUCCACCACCCUCGCGCUCUUUAUUUCUUAAACGACGUCCUGAAGCAAGAUCCCACCAAUGGGUAUGUGCUAUGUGCCCAAGUGGCAAAUCAGCUCCCUGAUGAUAUGGACAAAGGCGUGGAAACAAAAGAGGAGAGUGCGUGGUGCCUUAGUCGGAUGCAUGCGGAUGUUGGUGUAGAUUCUCUGAAAGAUGUCUUUGAGACGAGAGUCCGUGAGGAAGCUUUCAAGUACUUCAUCACAUCGCUCAAACAUAAUCGCGAGUAUGCGCGGGCAUACACUUCGCUAGGUGUAUAUUACUCAGAACACGCGUCACCGCCCGACCCUACGCGAGCUUCGAGAUGUUUCCAGAAAGCAUUUGAACUUGACGCCCGUGAAGUAGAGGCCGCAAGGCGCCUUGCGGAAGGCUUUGCUGACGAGCGUGGAUGGGAUCUGGUCGAAGUGGUGGCUCGGCGUACUAUAGACGGUGAAGGCGGGAUGGGCGCUGGUAUGGAAGGAGAUGGCGCAACUUCGGGAAAGUAUCUUCCGACAAACGCGUGGGCAUGGAAGGCUCUUGGUGUUGUGGAGCUGGUAAAGAGGAACUAUGCAGAAUCCAUCAAGGCUUUUCAAGUGGCACUCCGAGCGGACGUCGAUGACCAACUCUCAUGGUUGAGGCUUGGUGAAGCCUACAGUAAAGCUGGGCGUCAUGUCGCUGCCCUUGGGGCACUUAGUCGAGCUCACAAGUUUCAACUGGACGAUUGGAUGUGUACAGACUUCAUAGGGGGAGUCCAACGACAAACGGGAAGGCUUGCAGAGGCUCUUGCCUCUUUCCAGUCUAUACUGGACGUUCGUCCCACUGAAGCCGGUGUCCUCUUAUCUGUUGCGCAGACCCACCUCGACCUAGCCCGACAUGAGCGGCUUGCCGGUUUCGUUGCUCGAGCUGAGCAGUCUUUUAUCUCUUGCGUCGACGUUAUGUUAGUCGCCAUCCGGGAAAGCCCGGGAUAUCGUGGAGUCGCCUGGAAAAUCGCUGCUGAUGCCCUAUUUGAGUUGUCGGUAAUCACUGUCUUCGCGGAUGAAAAUAACGUCCGUGCAGCCGUGACUGUAGUCUCCGAACGGGACCAAAGUAGUGCUCGGCUGGCUGGCCUAUUCAAGUCCACAGCUCUCUCUCCAGACGACCCUGUCACUGGGCUCAACGUACUCGAAGCUGCUGCCGGUGCCUACGAUUAUCGCAUCACAGUGGGCUCUUCUGACGAAGCCGCUCUCCCAAGCUCAUUGUACGACCUUGCUGUAGCCCUGCGCGAGUGGAUUUUGAAACAACCCUCUGGUACCACACGACAAGCCUUGGAAGCAGCAAACUCAAUUUCAAGCUCUGUAGAAGUCGCAUUGGGUGAUCUCCACUUUUCCCAGAAGCCAAAGCUGUCGCAGCAUGCAUAUAUCAAGGCGAUCGAAGUUGACAACAAGAACGUGGUGGCGUGGACCAAGAUUGGUCUCCUAUACUUAUAUCACAACGACAUCGACUUGACCGCCCAAGCAUUUACGAAGGCACAAACGCUCGAUCCGGAUUAUACCCUGGCUUGGAUCGGCCAAGCAUUGAUUGCAACAGCAAACGGCCACGAAAUAGAUGCUCGUAUAUUACUUGAGCAUGCAGUGAGCAUGACAGCAGACGUGAUCGCCUUCUACCUGCUUUCUUCGUCCUCGGACGAUAUUUCCAGCGCUGCCCGGCUGAUGCCUUGCGGCUUCCAUGUCUUCGGCCUGAUUUGCGAACACCUUGGAAACCUUGAACGGGGUGUAGAAUACAUAAAUCGUGCAAUUACUCUCCUAGAAGCAGCAUACGAGGAGAAAGAGGAUCCCAUAGUGGAGCGGCAGUUUGUCAUCGCGCACACCAACAUCGCACGGCUUCGUCUUGGAUUGCAAGACUAUGAAGGAUCGUUAGUGUCUUUCGAGAACGCUCUAGGUCUACUUCCCGAAGACGCAGAGCGGGAGUCACAGAUUCUACGUGUGCGAGCUCAAUACGGGUCUGGGCUAGCGUCUUUCAAGAUGGGUGAUCUCCAAGCCGCUAUGAUGGCAUUCCGAGCUGCUUUGGAAAGUGCCGCUGACGAUCGCGUUCUUCGAGGCCAGGUUACUGUUCUGCUGGCACAGACAAUGUGGGCGAUUAGGACGCCUGAGUUCCGGGAGUCUGCGAAAGGCUUGUUGCUUGAUUGGUCAGAACGCAACCAUCACCUCCUGAUGGCGAUCAACACUCUAGCUGGAAUGGGGAUACUCACUGAAGACGAUGGGCUGGUUGAUGCCGCACUUUCGGAAAUUCUGUCACUCCCCGUCGAACAGAGACAUGAGCUCGAUCCUCGAAGAGACGUGACAUAUCUCCUCGUGCAACAUUAUCUUGGGCUGCAGGGUGAUUACGACAGAGCAAUUAAGAUUGCUCAAAAAGCCCUCCAUUUUGAGCCUUCGAAUCUGCAGAUGAGGCGAGAAGUCGCAUCUUUGUUGCUCAAACAGGGAGAAAGAGACGCUGCAUCGGCCAUCCUGGCAUCGGUAGCACCGAAACAAAAUAUUGCAGAGGAAAAGACCACCCUCGCAUUAUCAGCUCUCGCACAACCCAUACAGUCUCAAAGAAGCGCACAAAAAGCCAUCAUGCUGGAACCCGGUCAAUUGCGAAGUUGGCAGACUUUAGCUUAUGUCCGAGCACAAGAAACGUUGUAA